GCUCCCUCUGCCCCUUUGGCUUUGGUUUGGCCCUCGCGCGAGUGUGUGUGAUUUUCCUCGAUAGCUAUUUUAGCUUGCCUCCGAUUGUUCGGUUCGCUUUUCGUCAGCCUCGCGGUGCUGAAAAGGAUUUUUUAGGGUAAAACGUUGGGCUCAUUUUGUGUGAUGAGCAAGAACGGAAGCUUAUACGCGGGGAGCAUGGGCAAUGGAGGCGAAUUUGAGCUCCCGCAGGAGGUUCUGUCUGUGCUCCCCUCCGACCCUUACGAGCAACUGGAUGUGGCCAGGCGGAUUACCGCCAUGGCGGUCGCUGCCCGCGUCUCGAAGCUUGAGAGCGAGACCGGAAAGCUCCGUCAAAAGCUGUCAGAGAAGGAGCAUGUCAUCUAUGGCUUGCAGGAUCGCGUUGUGGAGGCCGAGAACACCUUGCAAGAGACGAGCGCGAGGCUGUCGCACGCCUUGGAUGAGCAGAACAAGCUGGCAAAUGAUAAAAACAUGCUGGCAGCUCAAGUGAAAAAGCUGAUGAGAGAUGUUGCGAAGUUGGAGACAUUCAAGCGAACGCUCAUGAAUUCUCUUCAGGAAGAUGAUGAGAACCCCAAUGGUGAAGGAGAAAGACGAGGUGUAAAUUCAAGCCUGGCGAUUAUUCGAGCAUCUCAAGCUGAAUCAACCGUUAGCCGAUCUCCAAUUUUGGAUGACGAUCAUCAGCCAGGAAAAUUAUCAUACGAAUCAGAUUCCUCCGUAAUUACUGAAGAGCGUGGCUAUCGGCAGGGAGCUGUAUUGAAGCCGCCCACCAGUCAUCAGGGUUCAGCCCAUAAUUCUGCUCGAGGUACGCCACAUCUGAGCCCAAGAUUGACCCCUAGCGGAUCACCGAAACGGCAAUCUGCAAGAACCUCGCCACGGCGUAGCAUGAGUUCCUCUGAGAAUUCUCACAGAAUCUCACUCCCGUCAUCCAAACCAACCAGCCAGUCCACCACUGCUCCAAACUCCCCACCAAGUUCGGGCUCCAUGCCAUCACGGACACCCCGAGUUGAUGGCAAAGACUUCUUUCGUCAGGCCAGGAACCGUCUAUCAUACGAGCAGUUUAGUGCCUUCUUGGCUAACAUCAAGGAACUCAAUGCACACCGGCAAACACGAGAGGAAACGCUUCAAAAAGCUCAAGAAACCUUUGGUCCAGAUAACAAGGACUUGUAUUCAGCUUUCGAAGGCCUUCUCAGCCGUCACCUUCCUUCGUAGCAUUGCAGCUUCUUUUGUCUCAGGGACCCAGAGACUCACAGUCUGUUUCGAUCGUAAUCAAAGUUUCCAAAGCCUUCUGCAUCUAUGUCGUCACGUCAUCCAAGAAGGUGAAGAAUUCUGAUAAGGACACAAGGUUUGUAGUUGUAGUGAGCUGGUAAGCUAUAUCUUCUGCAAUGAGUUCCAUUAGAGGACAGGUGGGACGUAGCCAGCUGCCCUGUCCUUUGUCUGUACAGCUUAUGGUUUCAGUGAGUUGGCUUGGUAAGGUGCUUGUACACACGUUGUAGAAGAUGUUGUUCCUGAAAUAUUCACGAAGUUUUCCUGCGGUAUGCCAUUCCUCAUUAAGAUAGGAUCAUCCUCCGAUAUAAAUCGCCAGCAUACGUUACAGGAGAUCUUGGUCCCUCAUUUUCCAUUAAUGCUGUGAGACGUAAUAUCAAUUUUGGAAUGUCAAUUGGCUCAACCUUAGCCCAAUGAUAAACUGUUGAUGCUGAAGGUGAAUGGAAUUUUCUUA